UUACAUCAUCAAAUUGAUAAGUUGCAUUGUUCAUAAAUUAUAAGAAGAUGGGUUUAAUGCGAUCAAUGCUUCCAAAUGCAAAGCAAAUCUUCAAAUCACAAUCUAUGAGGAACAAAAAAGGAUCAUCAUCACCAACAACAACUUCAGGGCUUGUUCCUAAGGGUCAUGUAGCGGUUUACGUUGGGGAAAGAAUGGAGAAGAAGAGGUUUGUGGUUCCGAUAUCAUACUUGAACCAUCCUUUGUUCAGAGAGUUUCUUAAUCAUGCAGAGGAAGAGUUCGGAUUUCAUCACCCAAUGGGCGGUUUGACGAUUCCUUGUCAAGAAGAAGCGUUUCUUCAACUCAUUACUUCUCAUCAGCUGCAUUGAGGAACACAGUGGUUAAUAUUUAAUAGUCUUGAAGGUUUUGAUGAAUCUUGUUUGUUCUCUCUCUUUCUAAGAAGAGAAUUAUAGGAAAUUUAGGGGCUUGUGUGUGUGUAUGUAUGACUGUUUAAAGCUUAUGUUCCGAAUCUUC